AUGUUCUCGUGGCCGAUUCCGGCUACGGCUUUACGUGCUCUCCGAGGCACGGAGGUGAAGCACCGCCAACUUCCCAACUCCGGGCUGUUACUGAGAUUUACUAUACAGAAAGACUCAAUAACUAAACUUGGCCCGACCUGGGACUCGAACCCAGGACCUUCGAGUGUGCAGCCGUACAUGCUAGCCACUACACCACCGAGGCAGUUGUCAGUAAGUGUAAUACCUUCUAAUCAUCCAGACCCACCACGAAGUGGUUUUGUUUUACUU